AUGGAUGUAGAAUUUAAAAUAUUCAACUUGGAAGGGUCUGGCGAUGACAAACCCAAGAUCCGUAGAAGACGGACCACAUUCUCGGAUGCCAUGAACAAGGGACCCUCGUUUGACGACUUCGUCAGCGGAAAGGCCUCUGACAUGUUGGACCCCUUGGAGGCGGCCAGAAAGGACAGUAACCAGAGGUUACCAUCGUGGCUCAAGGUGCCUAUUCCAAAAGGGAAGUCGUUUCAAAGCUUGAAGAAUGAUGUCCGUGAGUUGAAGUUGGCCACAGUCUGCGAAGAGGCUAAGUGCCCCAACAUUGGAGAGUGCUGGGGAGGAAAAAAGUCUGAAGCCACAGCCACCAUCAUGUUGCUAGGAGAUACAUGCACAAGAGGAUGCAGAUUCUGCAGUGUGAAGACUGACCGUAAACCAGCUGCUCCCGACCCCAUGGAACCAGAAAACACCGCAGAAGCCAUCAGCAGAUGGGGUUUGGGGUAUGUGGUGUUGACCACUGUGGACCGUGACGAUUUGGUGGAUGGAGGAGCCCACCACUUGGCCGAAACCGUGAGAAGAAUCAAGCAGAAGGCUCCACAGAUCUUGGUGGAAGUCUUGAGUGGUGAUUUCCGCGGAGACUUUGACAUGGCAGAGGUCUUGGCCAAGUCGGGCUUGGAUGUGUAUGCCCACAACCUCGAGACCGUUGAAGCAUUGACACCCCACAUCAGAGACCGUCGUGCCACUUACCGUCAAUCAUUGGGUAUAUUGAGCAGAGCCAAGGAGGCCCAGCCUUCAUUAGUCACCAAAACCUCCAUCAUGUUGGGAUUCGGUGAGAACGAUGAACAAAUCAUGCAAACCCUCAGGGACUUAAGGGAGAUCAAUUGUGAUGUGGUGACUUUUGGUCAGUACAUGCGUCCAACAAAGAGACAUAUGAAGGUGGUUGAGUAUGUCACUCCUGAGAAGUUCGAUUACUGGAGAGACAAGGCCUUGGAAAUGGGAUUCCUCUACGUUGCCAGUGGUCCGUUGGUCAGAUCCUCGUACAAGGCUGGCGAGGCCUUCAUUGAAAACGUCAUCAGAAAGAGAAGGCACAAUGUGGGAGAAACCCCAAGGUUGGCUCAGGACAUCAAUCCUGGCUUGUUCAACAGUACCAAGCUGAUUAGAGAUUAGAUUGGUGUCAACACUAACAAUCAAGUAUGCGACUUGAUCAUUUGGAUUGAUUGGGAGACAUCCAUUGUAUCCACUGACAGUAGUUGUUUAGGUACUGCGGCAAUGCCUUCAUCUAGAAUUGCUCUGCACUCUCAUACCUGUUAGCAUCUUGUCCUGAUAAUCCCGCUAGAGGCCCUAAUAUAUCAUCUAUACAUACAUACACGAAAGACAUCUACGCAAGCGAGGUCCUAUGCCCAUAUUAUGCACUUAUGUCCGAG